GCAACUUCGGUGGAUUACUAUCGUGUCGUGUCUAAUUCGAUAUUGAGACUUGUCGAUCUCGACUAUUGAUAAUUAUUUAUUGAGUAUUUUUAUACAAUUUAGUUUCAAAAUGGAAAAAAUGGGAUUCACAUCUGCCUUAAUUGGUAUGUUACUGAUUUUUACGUCAACUCCCACGCGUGCGCGGCCGCAGAAUGACAUAGUAGAGGCCGAUGGAUUUGUAUUCGACGGUCCAGCAGACAGGCCGGACAAAUUUCCCAAUGACGACGGUCGCAUUCCUCGCGAUUUUCCACCCUUGAACCCCACAGAACCAUCGCCAAACCCACGGGACACGAGUGGCACCACCACCACAACGCCAUCGCCAGCGAUGGCUCGAUGCAUGCAGAAUUGUCCGGUGACCGCACAGUACAAUCCAGUAUGCGGAAGUGACAAUGUGGUGUACAGCAACAUAGGGAGAUUAGAGUGCGCUAUCAGCUGCGGCACGCCGGUCACGUUUCGUUACUUCGGACAGUGCACCAGCAACGUCAGAGGAAAAUAAAACGCAAUUAAUGAGCUGUGGUUCAAUCCCCUGGUUGAAUAACUCCGUACUGAUUCAUAUUAUUACUUUAAUUCAAAUGUGCCAAUUGUAGAUAGGUUUAUACGAGUGUUUAUAAAUAAAAGACGAAUGGAGAUAACA